AUUGAAUGUUUUAAUUUAACCUUUUAUUUAACUAGGCAAAUCAGUUAAGAACACAGGGUUGUGCUUGUCUCAUCGGUGAAACUUAAAACAGGAGGGGGGGGCUCCUCUACAUGCAUAAUCAUCUGAUUCACAAACCACAAGUUCUACAUUAACUGGUUCUUUGCAUGCCCAUUAUUGUGAGGGCUCAAUCACAACUUUAGCAUGUGUUUUAGUUUGUCAUGCAUUUAUUCUGUGAAGCAUUGCACACAGUGCUUCCACCCUUUUCUUCCAGCUGUGAGAUCUUGAUGAGUUUUCUCCGGUUCCUGCCACGGUGUCUGGACACAUCUGCUACCACCAUGCUCCAGCUGUCUCUGAUGGUGUGUUUACUAUCCAUCACCAUCACUACCUCCCAGUUCCAGACUACACACCCCUUGUACAAGAAGGGCCACAACUUCACCAUCCAUUCCUCCCAGCUGGUGUGUAGUCUACCCGGGCCUCAGGGGCCCGGUGGCAACCCAGGGGCCCCCGGAUCUCCAGGGACUAUGGGUCCCAUGGGUACCCCAGGGAAGGAUGGCCUGGAUGGGGAGGAUGGAGAGAAGGGGGAGAGGGGUGACAGAGGUGAACAGGGGAGGUCUGGGAACCAAGGUAAACCCGGGGUUAAAGGUCGUGAGGGAGUGGUGGGCAAGCAUGGACCCCGAGGGCUGAAGGGCGCACGUGGGGCCCCAGGUCUGGCCGGGCUGGGGGGCACCAAGGGGGAGAUGGGGGACGCAGGUGAGACAGGGGCUCCUGGGGGCUGUAACUGCGGCACCAACUCAGCCCGCUCUGCCUUCUCUGUUGCCAUGACCAAGAGUUACCCCAAAGAGCGUCUUCCAAUCCGGUUCAAACGGAUUCUACUCAACGAAGGGAACCACUACAACGCCACGACUGGGAAGUUUGUCUGCUCUGUCCCUGGAGUCUACUACUUCACUUAUGACAUCACAUUGGCCAAUAAGCACUUGGCGAUCGGGCUGGUACACAAUGGGCAGUACAAGAUCAAGACGUUUGACGCCAACACUGGGAACCACGAUGUGGCGUCCGGUUCCACGGUUCUUCGGUUAGAGCGUCAGGACCAGGUUUGGCUGCAGAUCUUCUACUCUGAACAGAAUGGGCUAUUCUAUGACCCGUUCUGGACAGAUAGUCUGUUUACUGGGUUCCUGAUCUAUGCAGACCAGGAGUAUCUGAACGAAGUGGAUAGGAAAGCCAAUGAGGAUUCAUCACCUUCAUCCUGAUGGGUUGAACUACAAUGGCACCAGUUUUUGCUUCCUUGCCCAUUUGGGAAGAAAAUUCUGUCUGUUAUCAUUGAAAUCAUAGCUCAGCCAAUUUAUACUCAGUUUGGGGCAAUGAUACAAUUCACUUUUUUAGAGAACAUUUUAAUAAGCCUUCUGUAUUAUCUUUGCAUAUUAUUGAAAAAGCUAUUUCCUAUAUUGACACUAGGUGGCACUGAGUCGUCUGUUGCCCAGCUAAUACUCAUUGCUUAUUGUUUAUGAACAGAAUUGCAUUGCAUGUUAUGGCUUAUUGGAUUGUUAAUGGUGGAGGGAAAUGAGGGAAAGGAUUUUAUUUUCACAUUCAAUCAUUUUUGGUGCUGUUUAUAUUCAGCAAUAAGGAGAUGUUCCUAAAUGCAACUAACCCUCUGUCUAAAUUACAUGAGAAUGCACUGUUAGUGUUACAUGUUAUUAAAAAUAGUUUCUUUUGUGUUAUAAAUCAUAUUAUAGUAAAUUUUACUAUGUGCUAAAGGAAAACGUUUUUUUUACACACGUCACUAGAGAAAGUUUUUAUAAAGUGAUUUGAAAUAAAAACUUGAUUUAAUCAUC